AUGGAUCUAUCACUAAAUAUAAUCCACGUGUCCCGAGUAACGCCUUCAACCUCUGACUCGUCCGAGUCACUCAAUCUCCCACUCACCUUCUUCGACCUUCUCUGGCUUAAACACAGAGCGGUCGAACGAGUCAUCUUUUACCAACUCACCGACGCAACUCGCUCUUUCUUCGACUCAGUCAUCGUCCCAAAUCUCAAAUCAUCCCUCUCCUCAUCCCUCUCUCACUACCUCCCACUCGCAGGAAAAAUCGUCUGGAACCCACUCGAUCCCAAACCCAGCAUCGUCUACUCUCCAAACGACGCCGUUUCAUUCACCGUCGCCGAGUCAAACUCCGACUUCUCUCUUUUAUCCGGCAACAAACCGUUCUCCUCCACCAAGUUGAACCCAUUAGUCCCCGAGUUACAAGUCUCCGACGACUCAGCCUCCGCCGUGUCGUUUCAAGUCACGCUUUUUCCAAACCAAGGGUUUUGCAUCGGCGUAACAACACACCAUGCCGUUUCAGAUGGAAAAACGACAACCACUUUUCUCAAAUCUUGGGCUCACUUAUGUAACAAAGCAAACCAUUCUCUACCGGUGGAACUAAUACCGUUUUACGAUCGUACGGUCAUAAAAGGUCCACCGGAGAUCGAAUCUAACGUCUUGAACAUUUGGCACAACAAACCCAGAAGAAGCUUGAAGCUUAUACCGAAGCCGGAGAUUGAUUCCGACGUCGUCCGAUUUACAUUCGAAAUCACUCGAGAAGAUAUUCAGAAGCUUCGAGAUCGACUUCGGAAAGAAUCGUCCUCUUCGCCUUUAAAGGAGCUUCGAUUGUCGAAUUUUGUGGUGACGUUCUCUUACGUUUUCACGUGUUUGAUCAAAUCUGGAGGCGAUGAUCGGAACAGACCAGUCGGGUAUAGAUUCGCGGUUGAUUGUAGAAGACUCAUCAUAGAUCCACCGAUUCCGAUGAGUUAUUUCGGGAAUUGCGUUUUCUCUGCUGUGAAAAUCCCGUUAAUGGCGGAGCCGUUUCUGGGUGGAGAUGGGUUUUUGGCGGCUGCGAGAUUGAUAAGCGAUUCGAUUGAGGGAUUGGAUUCGAAUGUGGCGUGGAAGAUACCGGAGGUUUUGGAGACGUAUGCGAAUAUUCCGGCGGAAUUACAGUUUGUGUCGGUUGCUGGGUCGACCCGGUUUGGUGUAUACGGAUUGGAUUUCGGGUGGGGUAAACCGGAUAGAGUGUUGGUUGUGUCGAUUGAUCAGAGAGGAAAGAUAUCAAUGACAGAGAGUAGAGAUGGAAAUGGCGGUGUGGAGAUUGGCUUCUCCCUCAAGAAACAUGAAAUGGAUUUGCUUAUUGAUUUGCUCCACGAAGGACUCGAAGACGAAGUAGAUAAUCACUUAAAAUAA